UGACGUGGGAGGAAGGCGAGGCGCCAACAGUCAGUAGUGAGGAAGGCGAGGCGCCAACAGUCAGUAGUGAGGAAGGCGAGGCGCCAACAGUCAGUAGUGAGGAAGGCGAGGCGCCAACAGUCAGUAGUGAGGAAGGCGAGGCGCCAACAGUCAGUAGUGAGGAAGGCGAGGCGCCAACAGUCAGUAGUGAGGAAGGCGAGGCGCCAGCAGUCAGUAGUGAGGAGGGCGAGGCGGCAGCAGUCAGUAGUGGGGAAGGCGAGGCGCCAACAGUCACUAGUGAGGAAGGCGAGGCGCCAACAGUCAGUAGUGAGGAAGGCGAGGCGCCAACAGUCAGUAGUGAGGAAGGCGAGGCGCCAACAGUCAGUAGUGAGGAAGGCGAGGCGCCAACAGUCAGUAGUGAGGAGGGCGAGGCGCCAACAGUCAGUAGUGAGGAAGGCGAGGCGCCAGCAGUCAGUAGUGGGGAAGGCGAGGCGCCAACAGUCAGUAGUGAGGAAGGCGAGGCGCCAACAGUCAGUAGUGGGGAAGGCGAGGCGCCAACAGUCAGUAGUGAGGAGGGCGAGGCGCCAGCAGUCAGUAGUGAGGAGGGCGAGGCGCCAGCAGUCAGUAGUGAGGAAGGCGAGGCGCCAACAGUCAGUAGUGAGGAAGGCGAGGCGCCAACAGUCAGUAGUGAGGAAGGCGAGGCGCCAACAGUCAGUAGUGAGAAAGGCGAGGCGCCAACAGUCAGUAGUGAGGAAGGCGAGGCGCCAACAGUCAGUAGUGAGAAAGGCGAGGCGCCAACAGUCAGUAGUGAGGAAGGCGAGGCGCCAACAGUCAGUAGUGAGGAAGACGAGGCGCCAACAGUCAGUAGUGAGGAGGGCGAGGCUCCAACAGUCAGUAGCGAGGAAGGCGAGGCGCCAGCAGCAGGUGACUGGUGUCGUGUGAUAAACGUCCAGAGACACGCUUCCUGA